AUGCGGGCCUCAGUCUUGCACCAUCGUUCCUGGAAGCCAGUUAUCAUCUACGAAAAAUAUGCGUCUUGGGAAAAACUGCAACGAGUGGUUGCAUACGUGCUGCGAUACAUUCACAACCGAUUAAAAUUGCAACCUAGGUACGACUCACAUCUCCAACAACACGAACUGAAAUCUGCCGAAGAAAACAUUAUUCAAAUGGUUCAGUUCGAGUGUUUCUCCGAAGAAAUAGCUGCCUUAAAAGAGAAAAGCCCAGAUCUAAAUCCUAUCACUGAGAAAAGUCCACUCUAUAAGCUAGCGCCCACAAUUGACGAUCGAGGGCUCCUGCGGCAAACUGGUCGUAUUGGAGCAGCAAAGGAAGUACCCUACGACACGAAGUUCCCAGUAAUACUUCCAGGAAAACAUUACGUAACCGAGCUGUUAGUUGACCAUUUCCAUCGUAAAUUCUGCCAUCGAAACUCCGAAACAAUCGUAAACGAGUUGCGCCAGGUUUACGAGAUUCCUAAUCUACGCGUUUUGGUUAAAAGCAUCGGUCGCAAGUGUCUCUUGUGCCAAAUACGACGCACACGACCAGUCAACCCGCCAAUGGCUCCGCUUCCUCCGGCACGCUUAGCGCAUCACGAGCGGGCUUUCACCUAUACCGGACUAGACUAUUUCGGACCCUUACUCGUCAAGAUAGGACGAGCCAACGUAAAAAGGUGGAUAGCCCUCUUCACGUGUCUUACGACAAGAGCCGUCCAUCUGGAAGUCGCUGAUAGUCUCACCACUGCGUCGUGUAUUUCUACCGUGCGAAGAUUCGUAGGUCGCCGUGGGGCUCCAGCAGAGUUUUACAGCGAUAACGGAACAAACUUUCAGGGAGCCGAGCGGAUUUUAAGACAUCAAAUAAGCCAGGGGUUAUCGGAAACCUUCACUUCUAGCGAUACAAAGUGGAGCUUCAUUCCACCAGGAGCUCCGCAUAUGGGCGGCGCGUGGGAGCGCCUCGUACAAUCGGUAAAAGCGGCCAUGAACGAGGCAUACUGCGAGGGUAAGCUGGAUGAUGAGGGCCUACAGACUUUAAUCGUAGAGGCAGAGCGAAUUGUAAAUACAAGGCCUCUUACAUACUUACCACUGGAUUCGUCCCACUCUGAAGCUCUAACUCCCAACCAUUUCCUGCUGCUGAACUCCAAUGGUAAAAGAAGGAUUAACGACGAGGAUAGCUCGCGGGUAGAUUAUGCACUAAAAACCGUGGACUUCGAAGCGAGAAGAAGUCACUUGGGAGCUUCCUGGGAUUUAAUACAGCGUCAGUUGGAAACUUUCUGGAAACGAUGGUUGACGGAGUAUCUUCCGGUUAUCCGGAGACAAUCAAAAUGGUUCGAAAAGGCUCGACAACUAGAAGCAGGUGACCUAGUAUUGGUAACGGAUCCAACUAAACGGUGCGGCUGGGAACGAGGUCGUAUCGAUCGUGUGCUGAUGAAUGAUGAUGGCCAGGUGCGAAGAGCGGUGGUUCAAAUAGGCAAGACAAAGCACGUUCGUCCGGUGCUCCAGAUUAGCUCUUCUAGAUGUUAA